CCGUUAAACAUCAAGGAAAGAAGAAGAAGAAGAAGAAGGCAAUAUGGUUCCGCACUUUUGAUGUCGGUGGUUAAACAUCAACAAAGAUCCCUCAUUGUUCGUGUGUCUGUUCGUAUUUCACCUCAGAGCUGACUCCGUCAUCCACAAAGUGACCGCAUCUGUCCCCGGCCGUCGCCAUGGAAACAGAGGAGCAGGCCAGGAACCGUUUCCAGUCGGAGCUGGAGUUUGUCCAGUGUUUGGCCAACCCAAACUACCUGAACUUUCUGGCUCAGAGAGGAGUCCUGAGGGAGCGACCUUUCAUCAACUACCUGAAGUACCUACUUUACUGGAAGGAGCCUGAGUACGCUAAGUUCCUCAAGUAUCCUCAUUGCCUUCACAUGCUGGAACUGCUGCAGUAUGAACACUUCAGGAAAGAGCUGGUCAACGCUCAGUGUGCCAAGUUUAUCGACGAGCAGCAGCUACUGCACUGGCAGCACUACUCCAGGAAACGCACCCGGCUGCAGCAGGCACUGGCCGAGCAGCAGCAGCCGCAACAGCAGCCGCCGCCACACGGGAACGCCACCACCAAGUGAUGAUGUCACUGGAGGUGGGAGGAGGACUUUACAUAGUAAAAGAGUGGAUUACAGCUUGACUGAUUCUGGAUUUAAGAGGCAAAAAUGGAUGUUUGAUGCUGACGCAUUAAUCAUGCUUUUUGUUUUUUUUACAUACACACAUUUUUAACAAGGAUCUCUGACUGUGGAGACAGAGCAGCACAGAUCAAACAGCAUGUCCUGAUAUAUCUGUCAUGAUAUCAAUCGAGCUCUAGCGUGUGGAUCCUGGUGUAGUAAAACUAAUAAUGAACAGCUAAGUUUUGAUCUUUCUGCAACCGACCGAGGAAGUCUUUUCACGUGUCAAGUGUCCGGGAAACUGAAACAUCAGUCACCGAUCUACUCAUAAAAUAUGAUGUUGCAGGAGAGUUGUAAAUCUUGUUUGGGAUAACUGUAUAAACUGAGUGAAUAAACUGCUAUUUCUGAGGUUGUUCUCACGCAGACUGCAAUGUGAACAUUUACAGUUAAAACAGACUGCAGAGAGCAGCUGAAUAUUUGACUGGUUUUCUUUUUACCUUAUUCUACUACUUUCUCUUUAUUGUUAAUAAAAUAUUUGACAUUUGAA